GGCCCCUGCCUUGGCUGCUCGGCCCUCUGGGGGUGAGCCCUCUCCUUUCUCGGACCAUGCUUGUAAGUGGUAUCAUUGCCAAGACGACUCUUGCCCCCCGCCCUUCUCCCCCGGACUCCUAGGUCAGGUGCGUCCCCUCCCUGCUGUCAGUCCGGCCACAUCUGAUCUCCCCUAUGGGCGCCUGGCUUCUGGAGAGUGGACAGAGUCAGUGGGGGGUGGGGGCGCUCCUGAUCCCCAUGCUGCCUCACCCUGGGGUGGACUUGGGUCAGGUGCUCAUUGGCUGGAGAAGGAAGGAUGGAUGGAGAAAGAAGCCCUCCCAGGGCCUGGGGUGGGCUCUGCCCCAAAAUAGAUGUACACACUCUGACAGCAGCCAGGGCGGGGGAGUGUUGCUGGGGUGGGACUGGGUUUCCUCUCUGGAAGCCUUGGUGGAGGGUUGCUGAAUGAAUUCUUCCUCUGGUCUCCCUCCUUGUAGUGGGUUGAACUUGUGUCCUGGAGGUUGAGGUUCGUUUCCGGGGAGGAGGUAGUUUCUGGAAGCCCCUCAUCGACUGUCGAUUUUUCAUCCAGGCUCAUUUUAGUUCUGCAAAGUUGCGUGAUCUGCACUGAGUUUUCCUGUGGACCUAAAUUUCUUGGACAUUAAAAGGGGGAAGUCAGAAUUCAGGAAUGGCUAAGACAUGUGCUUUCGGGGCCAUUUCUGAUUGAUUGGUAGUGGCUGCCGGGAGGGUUCUAAGCCUUCCCUGAGGUUAGCUACAGCGCUUGUCAGGGUUUGCAGAGAAAUUUCUGUGGGGAGCAGUUUUUAGAGGAAGUGAAUUCAUGUGCUCACCAGCAGACAUGUUACUUAAAAGGGGAAGAAAUGUGCCCUUCCCCCAAUACCUGAUUCCUGUCCCGGAGGACCCCAGACUCAUACCGUGGGAUGCUCCUACCCCUGCCACAGCUGAACCUCAGCCGGCCGAUUGAGGAGCAGGGCCCGCUGGACGUCAUCAUCCACAAGCUGACCGAUGUCAUCCUCGAAGCCGACCAGAACGACAGCCGGUCCCUGGAGCUGGUGCACAGGUUCCAGGAAUAUAUCGAUGCGCACCCUGAGACCAUUGUCCUGGACCCUCUUCCUGCCAUCAGGACCCUGCUCGACCGCUCCAAGUCCUAUGAGCUCAUCCGGAAGAUCGAGGCCUACAUGAAAGAUGACAGGAUCUGCUCGCCACCCUUCAUGGAGCUCACGAGUCUGAGUGGAGACGACACUAUGAGGCUCCUGGAGCAGAAUGGCCUGGCGUUCCCCUUCAUUUGCAAAACCAGAGUGGCUCAUGGCACCAACUCUCACGAGAUGGCCAUCGUGUUCAACCAGGAGGGCCUGAGUGCCAUCCAGCCGCCCUGUGUGGUCCAGAACUUCAUCAACCACAACGCAGUCCUGUACAAGGUGUUUGUGGUGGGCGAGUCCUACACUGUGGUCCAGAGGCCCUCGCUGAAGAACUUCUCUGCGGGCACGUCAGACCGGGAGUCCAUCUUCUUCAAUAGCCACAACGUGUCGAAGCCGGAGUCCUCAUCGGUCCUGACAGCGCUGGAUAAGAUCGAGGGCGUGUUCGAGCGGCCGAGCGACGAGGUCAUCAGGGAGCUGUCCCGGGCCCUUCGGCAGGCGCUGGGUGUGUCGCUCUUCGGGAUUGACAUCAUCAUCAACAACCAGACUGGGCAGCACGCGGUCAUCGACAUCAACGCCUUCCCAGGCUACGAGGGCGUCACUGAGUUCUUCACAGACCUCCUGAACCACGUGGCCACCGUCCUGCAGGGCCAGAGCGCGGCCACAGCGGCCGCGGGGGACGUGGCCCCGCUGAGGCACAGCAGGCUCCUGGCGGAGCAGGCAGGCAGCCUGGCAGGCGAGCGGACGUGCAGCGCUGGCCCCGGCUGCUGCAGCAGCAUGAUGGGCCCGGACCCCCCCUGGACGUCGGAGGCCGACGCGGGCGGUGUGGGCCCAGGCGGCACCACCAAACUCCCGCACCAGAGACUCGGCUGCACCGCCGCCGUGUCACCCAGCUUCCAGCAGCACUGCGUGGCCUCGCUGGCCACGAAGGCCUCCUCCCAGUAGCCGUGGAGCCCGGGACCCAGAGGGCGGCGCGGGCCGCAGAGUGCACCUGCUGGGUCAGCCCCUCCCAGCAGUGACGCUCCUACUAAGAAUUCCCAGCGAUCUGAUUCUUCUUCUUCUUCUUCUUCUUCUUCUUCUUUUUUUUUUUUUAAUUUUUAACCUGAUUUUCUGAUGUCAUGAUUGAAAUAAGGGGUGGUGGAGGGGGAGAUGGAAAGGAACCCUAAGUGGUCCAGCCUCGGGGAAGAUGGACAUCCCGCCUGAUACCUGCUGUGCAGAUGUCUUCACUGGGUUUACACUUGCUGUGUCUUCAACACUAGGUCUGAGUGUGAGGUGGGGUGUGUGUGUGUGUGUGUGUGAGUGUGUGUGAGUGAGUGAGUGUGCACAUCCACGUCUGCUCGUCUCGAUGGCUGCUGUGGAUCAGGCCUCGGGGACCCCGGAGAGGGCAGGCUUUUGGCAGCUGAGCAGAGCGAGUGAGGGGUUCCUUCUCUCUCUUUUCUGCAAGCUCUCUGCACCCGGGCCGGGCCCCCUCGCUGUCACCCUCCGACUGGCCACCCCCACAGCCUUGUGCAGAACAGGGCCUUAAAGCCCCAACCAGGUGUGCAGCUGUCCCUCCCAAGAGCAAGAGCCAGAGGGAGUGAGAGGUGCACCUACUGUUUCCUUGGGGAAUUCCAUGCAGGGGGUCUGGGCUGUGGGCCGCCUGUUUCCUGCUCACAAAAGGGAAGAAGGAAGGCCUCGAGUUGGCUUCCCCUUUCCACGUCCAACUCCCUGGGGUCCACCAGGCCCUUCAGCGUGGGUCCCGUGCAGCCCUGCAGGGGGGCCUCCUUUCCUGAUCAGGCGCUGCUCCCCAGGACCCAGGAGGAGACUGCCUGAUUGGGACCCCCCGGGUUGAUCCCGCCUGUGCCAAGGAUUUGUGCUGUGACUUUGGACAAAUCACCUCUGGAGUUGCUGGGCCUCUGUGUCCUCAUCUCUGAUGAGUGGUUGAGCCCAGAGCACUCUGAAGGGCAGGCUUGAUGCCCCAGCCCCUGCGGUGCAGCCUGCUUCUCUGAGAAGUCAACCUGAUGCGCCUCCGCUUGGCAUUGAGGUGCUCGGGGGCCCUCUUCCCCAGGAUGGGGAGGCUGCCUGUAUGCUUCACGUCUUUUCACACCCGCCCAGCGGGCCCGCUCCACCCUUCUCCCAUACUCACUGUAAGCCCUAAGCACUAAGCCAGCCAAGUGUGAAGGGAGCUGCAUCCCCAGAGGGGAGGAAGCCAUUACCCCCUCCUCCAUGAGCAUCACCCCGGCCCCUGAUGGCAACAGAUCCCACCAGCCGAUCGGUCUGUUCCCACGGUGCAGCGGGCAGCCCACCUGCUCCUCCACAGAGAAGGGGGCCAGCGAGAGGCUUUGUCAGCCUUGGGACAAGGUGAACUUGGGUUUGAUGUAUAGGACCCCCUGAGCAUGAUCUUGUGUCUUCAGAUACCCGUUCGCUUUGAGAAAGUGGGAAGGGCUGGGCUGCCCUGCAUGGUCCAGUGAGGGUGGCUUCAGGGAGGCUGCUGACCUGGGCGCUCGGAGGGACCUUCAGGCCCGGCUCAGCAGGGGCGUGGGGGGUCACCCACCUUCGGGAAAGGAAGGGCUGGGUGGUGGCCGCCAUCAAACGGGGCUGGGCCUGGGGUGAGGGUUGGUGCCAUCGGAACUGCCCGGCUGUCUUGCAACCUGAGGGCCCACCGACUAACCGCGUUUACACGACUUGAGUGUUGAACCCCGAUUAUAAUGUCUGUACGGCGCCUUUCCUAGUCCAACCCUGAGCCCCGGGGAAGCAGGAAAGUGCGGCUGGCCUCUUGCACUGCUUUGUCUCCAAAAUAAACUACUGAAAUCAAACUGCA